GAAGCCGCGGUCACACUGCUAAUAACUCCUUAAAUGUGAAAUUGUUUUUGAAAUUGAUGGAUUUAAAUUGAAUUUAAAGAUGGAUAUCGGCGAACUGUUGGCCUUCAAGCCUGAGCAGACCCCCAAACGGCCGCACGAGGACGAUGAAGACUUUGAGCCAGAGACAACCGCUGGAAAACGGGGCGGUGGCGUUGGCGAUGAGAAGGCCAAACGCAUGCGGCGAAUUGCCGAGGCCAAGGAGACGGCCAAUUAUGGCAAACAGGCCAGCAGCAGCUCCACCAACGCCAGCCACGCCUUCGAACUGGACCCAGAAUUGACAGAAGAAGAGCGGCUGAACAUCUUGCGUUAUGUGGAGAACGAGGAGACCGAUGGCGAUGUUUUGGACGAGCAGGGGCUGAAAAAAUUGAUCUUGGUGUUCGAGAAGCGCAACCUGAAGAACCAGGAGAUGCGCAUCAAGUUCGCAGACAAUCCGGAAAAGUUCAUGGACUCCGAACUUGAGCUUCACACAGUCAUUCAGGAGCUGAAAGGCGUGGCCACCGUGCCAGAUCUCUAUCCACUGCUUGUGGAACUGCACGGACUGCACAGUUUGCUGGAGCUGCUUGCACAUCAGAACACGGACAUUGCUGUGGCCGUUGUCGAUCUGCUGCAGGAGGUGACCGAUGUCGAUAUUCUCGGCGAGAGUCAAGAGGGAGCCCAGGCCCUGAUCGAGGCCCUGCGGAAGGAACAAAUUUGCGCUCUGCUAGUCCAGAACCUGGAACGUCUCAACGAGCAGGUCAAGGAGGAAGCCGACGGGGUACACAACACAUUGGCCAUCGUGGAGAACCUCACAGAGAUCGAUGGCGAGUUUGUGCGAGAGGCUGCCGAGCAGGGGCUGCUGGCCUGGCUGCUAAAACGCCUCAAGGGCAAGACUCCCUUCGAUCCCAACAAAUUGUAUUGCAGCGAGAUUCUGUCCAUCCUGAUACAAACCGAGAACGACAACCGCCUUCUGCUGGGCUCGAUCGAUGGCGUCGAUGUGCUGCUCCAACAGCUGGCGGUUUACAAGCGUCACGAUCCGGCCAGCAACGAGGAGCAGGAGUACAUGCAGAAUCUCUUCAAUUGCCUGUGCUCCGCUCUGAUGGCCAAGGAGAAUCGCGAUCGGUUCCUCAACGGCGAGGGUCUGCAGCUGAUGAAUCUGAUGCUGCGCGAGAAGAAAAUGUCCCGCAACGGUUCGCUGAAGGUACUCGAUCAUGCCAUGGCCGGUCAGGAUGGUCGCGACAAUUGCAACAAAUUCGUGGAGAUUCUCGGACUACGCACCAUUUUCCCACUGUUCAUGAAGACACCCAAACGGAACAAGCUACGCCUGCUCUCGGCCGAUGAGCAUGAGGAGCAUGUCAGCUCCGUCAUUGCCUCGAUGUUGCGCAACUGCAAGGGCACCCAUCGCCAGCGAAUGCUCUCCAAAUUCAGCGAGAACGAUCACGAGAAGGUCGACCGUCUGCUGGAGCUCCAUCUCAAGUAUUUGGCCAAGGUGGAGGCCAUCGACAAGGAGAUUGAUCAGCAGCCCAGGGAUCCCAGUAUCGAUGAGGACGAGGAAGCGGAGAAUAACUACAUAAAGCGUUUGACUGGCGGCCUCUUUACGCUUCAGCGGAUCGACUACAUACUGCUGGAGGUCAGCGCCACCUCGGAGACGGUCAAGCAGCGUGUGCUACAGAUUCUAAACCUACGUGGCGCCUCCAUGAAGACCAUCAGGAGCAUCAUGAGGGAAUACGCUGGCAAUCUGGGCGAUGGCGAUACUGACUGGCGGCAACAGGAGCAGACCCACAUACUAUCUCUAGUCGAUCGUUUCUAAGACAACGUAAUAAACCACAAAAACUAUUCUUGAAA